AUGAACCAACCUCCUAAACAAAAAGAGGUUCGUCAGGUGGUGUCGGAGAAUCAAUUAGCUGUUUGUGCCAUUUUAGAGUCUCACAUUAAACCGGUUUAUGUGGAGAAGCUUUGCUCUAAAGUGUUAUGGAAUUGGAAUUGGAUGACGAAUGGUAACCUUUGCAACAAGGGUUCGCGUAUUAUGCUUGGGUGGAAUACUGAUUUGGCUAAUGUUAUGCUUCUAUCUCAGUCCGACCAGGUAAUUCAGACACAAAUCUUCUUAAAAGCUGAUAAGAGGGUUGUUAUGUGUUCAUUUAUCUAUGCCCACAAUGUUUAUACCCAAAGACGUGCUCUGUGGAAUGAUUUGGCUAGGCACAAGGUUUUUAUUGGUGACAAUCCAUGGUGUUUGCUUGGAGACUUUAAUGAAGCCUUAAAUUUGGAAGAUAAAGCUUCUGGUCCUUUUAAUAUAGAUAUAUCUAUGAGGGAGUUUAAAGAAUGUGUCGAUAAUAUUCAAGUGAUGGAUGUGAAUAAAGUGGGUCUUCAUUAUACCUGGACUCAAAAACCAAGAGGUGUUAAUGGUGUCUUAAAGAAGAUUGACAGGAUUAUGGCGAACCUUGUCUUUAAUCACGUUUUUGUUGGAACAACGGCAGUGUUUCAACCCUAUCAUAAUUCUGAUCACUUUCCAGUUGUGCUCAAAAUACCGAUGCAAUCUAGGUUUAAGCCAAAACCUUUCAAGUUCUCAAAUGUUCUUGUGAAAAAUCCCAAGUUUCAUGAUAUUGUUUUGGAUACUUGGAGUAUGGAUAUUGUUGGUGUUCCUAUGUAUCGUGUAGUCAAGAAAUUAAAGGCUUUAAAGAAGCCAUUUCAGAAGCUUUUGUUUGAUGGCGGGAACAUACAUAAUCUGGUUUCUCUAUUGCCUGUGGAUUUAGAUGAGGCACAAAAAGCUCUAGAUAAAGACCCGUUUAAUACUAUACUUAGAGAGAAAGAAGCUUCAUUUUUGCAAGCCUUCAAUGAAGCUUUGUUGAAUGAAGAGAGAUUCUUAAAACAAAAGGCAAAGAUUGAAUGGUUAAAAGUGGGGGAUUCUAACUCGGCGUAG